AUGGACGAAAAGCUGAGAAACUCCUCCCCUGUGGUUGGCGGCGCCUCCAACGAAUUAGCCCACCUCCUGCCGACGAAGCUCCGCCUCUCUUCGAACCGCCGCAGGCAGAGCCGAACCUCUAGUGUCAGUCUGCCGAUCAGCCGUAUCCAGGACGCUGUCCUCCUUCCCGCUGGUCUCCCCAAGUAGGAGCAUGUCCGUACUGCUGAGACUCGCCCUGCUCCUUCUGCUGCUGGUCGUCUACUCUGCAGCCAAGCCCAAGAGCCACUUCCACUGCGGCGACCAUUUCAGAACUGCGGUCAAGCACGUUUGCGGCAAAACUGUCUUACUGAGUGAGCUGCUUUCCACUGAAAACUGUACAAAAACGGCUCUACUUCCCUAUUGAGACAAUAAUCCUAAACUCCCAUAACCCUAGUCAAAGAAAUCUUCCGCGCUCUGAAACAUUUUCAGAAACAGAAUUUCGGAAAAAUUUGAGAAGUUGAACUUUCUCAACUUCCUUUUGAUUUUGGCGCCUGUUUUCUUCCUUUCUCUACUACAUGACUAUUCUGCUUCCAUUCUUCUGAGAAUUCGAAAAACUGAAAAAUAGAGGGAAACUUGGUGACAUAAUCAGAUGAUCUCUGGCGGGUCGCCAAAACAGUCGACGAAAAGCCUCGGAAGCAAGUUUCCCGUACACUUUAUGAAACAAACAAAUUAGCGCGCGCGCCGAUUUUCCAAAUAUCUCUUGAUGGCCGAUGCGAUCACUUUCUGCUGCAAAACAUCAAUUGUUCGUCGCUUGGCUUCAUUCCUCUUCGAAUUUCUGCUAAUUAAACUUAUUCUAUGGUGAAAAGCAAGGCUGACUGAUAGACGCCAAGGCAUUAGUACGGUGCCUUUUUUCGGAUUCUGUUGGGUUCCCUUAUUUUUGUUACUUUCAUCGCUUAGUUAGUAUUUACUAGAGAAUUGUCUAUUGAAAAAGUCGAGAAAAGAACAUUAGAUUGUUUCGGCUAAACUCAAAAUAUCCGAGAAAAAGGUGGCUUUUUGGUGACGAAAGAGACUUGUUGCAGCCGCCGGCGUGAUAUUUUAAUAUAAUGCAACCAGAAAGGUCAAUUCAAUUCUUCGAAAAACCUUUUUCUUUUUUUUUAGUCCAACCUUGAAGCGCUAAAUGAAAUAUACAGGUCAGGUCGAGUAGGUGGGUUUUACUCAUAGGAUGGACUCACUCUGGAAACUUCUUACGCGUUUUAUGAACUUUCUUAUUAUUUGGCGUAACUCGUAUCAAAACAUUUUCGGGGAGUUUGAAGCGUUGGAGAAGAAUUUCAUAGAGGUAACCAAAAGUCUUGUAUGAUUUUUACGUCUUUGAAAGUACAUAGAAGAUUUUCGAACCAAGAUUACAUCCGUUCUGUACUUUUUUCCGUAAAGGGAGGCCUCCAUUCGAAACUGCUUUUUUUAAAACUUUUAUCAGAUGAGUGUCGUUUUUUGUAUAAACACAUGCUUGCAUAUUGAACUUUCUCGUCUUUCUUUUUUUUUCUCAUGCUCUUUUACCAAAUCCCAAUGUCUUUACGCCUUGAGCAAACAAAAUGUUUACGUGUUCGCGUUUGCUUCGGAUCCCGAUACAAGACAACAGCAAAAAAGCCGAGAAUAAAUACGUUCGUCUGUUGGCUUGGCUCGCCGUGGACAGAACCAGUUUCUCUUGCGAUAGAUAGGCUGAUAGAAAAGGUUGCAACGACUUUACCCAGGUGAUUGUCACGGUCAUCGAGAGUGAGGACGUGCGUAUAGUUUGGUUGCCUCUGUCUCAUUCAUUUCUGUUUGUUUGCGUGAAUAAUCAACUUCAAACUGCCGCGAUUUUGUCUGACGUCGACGGAAGUUGCAAGCGGUUCACAUACCCUUUUGUAUCACAUUCCGCAACCUAGCACACAGUAGCCUGUCCAACUUCGAAAAAAAAAAGUGGCUGUGAAUUUGAUAAAGUUAACUUUCAAUUCAUAGAGAUAAAGCUUUCUUUUUACAUAAAGCUAAAGUAAGAACUUUGAUUUUCUAUCAGAAUUGAGUGCCGAGAUGCUGUAAUUAAACCGUUAUUCGUGUAGGUUCUUCUCGCGAUUCAAAAUUAUUCAUUGCGUCUUGAAGCUUUCUUGCGAGAUUUUUCGAACAGAGCUUAUAUAUCUGUGAUGAGCCCAGUGUUGCUUGUGGCAACUUUUGAAACUUUCUGAAACUUUUUCGCGUCGAACUUUGCGAAGACGAGGGCCACGUGCCGACUGCGUCACUUGUUUUUCGGUGCGGAGUCGUGUCAGUCGAAGACCUACCGUCUUUCCGAUGUCACGCUCCAAACCAUCCUGGUCCUUCACUCUUUUCCCAUUAAUCAGUUCAUUCGAAACCACCUCAAGCAACCUUUUGAGGGACUUAUAACAAGUUUUGAAUGCUCCAACUAUGACCAGUUUACAGAUGGCUCCGAUUUCGCUACAAAAUGCUGCAACAAAGGAUGCUCCUACAACGAGAUAAAAGAAGUUUGUGUGAGUUUCAACACUUUCUUUGCCCGUGAAGAGUUUCAAAAAAUCUCUAUCUCUUUCGCUUGAAUUGUUCUAUAAAAAUCUCUCCAAAAUAUCUGGGCUCAAAUUUGAAACUCUAAUUGAUGAUUUCAGUCGGCGUCCCGAAAGUAA